AUGAAGCUGUCCUGCCUCUGGGCUGCCCCGGAAAUCGACCCCAUUAACCGCAAGGCCCGCUCUGUCCCUGUUCUUAAUGUCUUUAAUGUCUACGGGCGCGUGUUCUUCUUCUCCUGGUGGGGGUUCAUGGUAGCUUUUUGGGCGUGGUAUACGUUCCCACCUCUGUUGACGCAUACCAUCAAAUCCAACCUUCACCUUACCUCGGCCGAAGUUGCCAAUUCCAAUAUUGUCUCGUUGUGUGCUACUUUGUUGGUACGGCUCGCGGCCGGUCCUGCUUGCGAUCGGUUUGGGCCUCGUUGGGUAUUUGCCGGCACGCUGCUGAUCGGGUCGAUCCCCCUUGGCCUGGCCCCUCUCGUACAUAACGCGCAGGGCCUCUACGUAAGCCGUUUCUUCAUAGGUAUCCUCGGCGGGUCCUUCGUGCCCUGUCUCGUCUGGUCGACGGGGUUCUUCGACAAGAAUGUUAUCGGUACCGCCAACGCCCUCGCGGGAGGCUGGGGUAACGCCGGCGGGGGAAUUACCUACUUCAUAAUGCCGGCCGUCUUCGACUCCUUCGUGGCCCUGGGCUACUCGGACGGCGUUGCAUGGCGGCUUACCUUCGUCGUGCCUCUCGUUAUAACCAUCACCACCGGCAUAUUGAUGCUGCUUCUAUGUCCAGACACGCCAACCGGUAAAUGGUCCGAGCGACAUCUCCACGUCGAGCAGAACCUGGCCACUCAAGACGGCGACGCGACCCCGAACACGGCAGCGGACAGCGUCGUCGACGUCCCUGGCAACAUCACGGACAAAUCCAGCUCCAGCUCCACGGGCGCAAACAGCAUCCAGGAUGUCGAGAAGGAUACCAAGAAACCUCCAAAGCUCACCGCCGAAUGGGACCACGAAGCGGCCCUGCCCCUGCCCCUGCCCAUGCCGAGGAGCGAUAUCCUAGGCGCGGCCAAGGGCGAAGUCGUGCAGAAGCCGACGUGGAGCGAAGCCGCGCGGGUCAUCGCCUCGCCGCAGACGAUCUUCCACGUGCUGACGUACAUGUGCUCGUUCGGCGGGGAGCUGGCGAUCAACGCGGUGCUGGGGUCGUACUACGUCAAGAACUUCCCGCGGCUGGGGCAGACGAACGCGGCGAACUGGGCCGCCAUGUUCGGGUUCCUGAACGUGGUGACGCGGCCUCUCGGCGGCGCCGUAGCGGACGUCCUGUAUCGGAACCUGGGACGCGGACGUAGCGGUGGCGGUGGCGGCGGCAGCGUCUGGGCUAAGAAGAUCUGGAUCGUGGCGUGCGGGUGCGUCGGGGGCGCGGCGCUGGUCGUCGUCGGGAAGACGGACCCGCACGACCUGGGGACCAUGGUCGGGCUCGUGACGCUCGCGGCGCUGUUCAUCGAGGCGGGCAACGGCGCCAACUUCGCGCUCGUGCCGCACGUGCACCCGCACGCCAACGGCGUCGUGUCCGGGACCGCGGGCGCCGGCGGCAACCUCGGCGGCGUCGUGUUCGCCAUCGUCUUCCGGUUCAUGGGCGCCGGGACGGAUUACGCCGCCGCCUUCUGGGUCAUCGGCGUGAUCACCAUCGCGCUCAACCUCGUGCUGUGCUGGGUGCCGCCCGUGCCGAAGGGGCAGGUCGGUGGGCGGUGA